AGUCUACCUAUUUUGAUUUUGUUUACUCGAAAAUGAAUUAACGACUAUUGAAUUUGAAUUUUGAAUUUGAAGAGAAUGUUUCAAAAGAGCAUAAAAUCGUUUUUCAACCCAUUACCUGCAAAAUCAGUCAAGGAAGAAACAGAACAAACAGAAGAUGAUAGGUAUGUUGAACAUUUUAUCGAAAAGUCUGAAUUAUACACUUCAAUGUAUACCAUCAUCUUAUUUUGCGGGAUGCAUUAGAUAUAAUGUAGGUCACCAAAUAUUUUGUGGUCAUAAACAUACUAAAAAAACUGUUACUAUCAUUAGUUCCAAGAAUGUAUCUCAUGAGAUGGAAACAAAGAAGCCAAUCAGUGAGGACUGUGCUGGGACAAGAUCAACGAAUCGGAAUGCCAAGAAAGAAAAUCAGGAGUCGCCACCAGACAGCCCAACUAAAGUGAAAAGAAAGAGCGGGAAACGUGCGAGGGUAUUAAGUAGUGAUGAUUCCGAAGAAGAAAUACCAGUGAAAAUUGAUCAAGAUGAAGAGAAAGUUGAUACCAUCGAGAAAGCAUCUAGAAAAUUUGUGCCCAAGAAACAGAGGUCGUCUGAGGAUAAACUACUAGCAGAUACAAUGCAGAAAAAAUCUGAAGUAAAGGAAUCUAAAAAAUUGGAGAAAGAAACAAACACAAGCAUCACGAAGGAGCCUGAGAAAAACAUAUUUGGAAUUCAGAAAGCAGAUAAGUCCAUGAAUAGUGACAACUACAAACCUAACUCCCCUAAAUAUCACCCAAUAAAUGAUGCCAUUUGGAAACAUCAAGAUAAAGUUCCAUAUAAUGCAUUAGCAACGACAUUUGAAGAGAUAGAGAAUAUUUCUGCGAGGUUGAAGAUCAUAGAAAUUCUCAGCAACUAUUUUAGAUCUGUGAUUGUCUUAACACCAAAUGAUUUACUACCGAGUGUAUACCUGUGUUUGAAUAAACUAGCACCAGCAUAUGAAGGAUUGGAAUUGGGCAUAGCAGAUAUGAGUUUAAUGAAAGCCAUUGCACAGUCAACCGGUAGAACCCUGGCUCAGGUCAGAUCCGAUAAUCAUGAAAUUGGCGAUUUAGGACUUGUUGCUGAGAAAUCGAAAACCAACCAGAGAAUGCUGAUGAAACCUGCAAGGUUAUCUGUGAGAGGUGUUUUCGAAAAACUGAAAGACAUUGCAAAAAUGUCAGGACAAGCAUCACAGGCGAAAAAAGUGGAAAAGAUUCAGUCGAUGUUUGUAGCAUGUCAAGGUUCCGAAGCAAGAUUUCUCAUUAGGUCAUUGGCUGGUAAACUCCGAAUAGGUCUCGCAGAACAGUCUGUGUUACAAGCUUUAGCAUUAGCCUGCACAAUGACACCUCCUAACCAAGAAUAUCCUCCUAAAGUAUUGAAUGUCUCCAAAAGUUUAUCAGCUGAUUCAUUCAAGUCUGAAUAUGAUAACUGCAGUCUCCUACUGAAAACCGCCUAUUGUGAAUGUCCUAAUUAUGAAAAAAUCAUCCCAGUUAUAUUGACUGAAGGUGUAGCGAAAUUACCAGAACAUUGUAAACUGACACCUGGUGUUCCGUUGAAGCCAAUGUUAGCUCACCCCACAAAAGGAGUACAAGAAGUUUUGCACAGGUUUGAUGGAUUGAAGUUCACUUGUGAAUGGAAAUAUGAUGGUGAAAGGGCACAGAUACAUAUUGAUGGAGAUAAUGUACACAUAUUCAGUAGAAAUCAAGAAAACAACACAACCAAAUACCCUGAUGUUAUAUCCAGAUUGAACCGCUGUAAAGUUGAUGAUGUCAAAUCUUGUAUAUUGGACUGUGAAGCAGUUGCUUGGGAUAAAGAGAAUAAACAAAUUUUACCAUUUCAAAUUCUCAGCACGAGAAAAAGAAAGGAUGCAAAGGAAGCUGACAUCAAAGUACAAGUAUGUAUUUUCAUGUUUGAUUUACUGUACCUAAACGGUGAACCAUUGGUUAAAAGACCAUUCCUAGAUAGAAGAAAAUUGUUAAAAUCAUUUUUCAAAGAAAUUGAAGGAGAAUGGGCUUUUGCAAAGAGUAUGGACACUACAACUAUGGAAGAAGUUCAGGAGUACUUAGAAGAAAGUGUCAAAGGUAAUUGCGAAGGAUUGAUGGUUAAAACUCUAGAAACAGAUGCCACUUAUGAAAUUGCAAAAAGAUCACAUAAUUGGUUGAAACUGAAGAAAGACUAUUUAGAAGGUGUUGGAGAUACUUUGGAUGUAGUUGUGAUUGGGGGUUACAUUGGCAAAGGAAGGCGAACAGGAACAUACGGAGGUUUCCUUCUUGCUUGCUAUGAUAAGGAUAAUGAAGAAUAUCAGAGUAUUUGUAAGAUUGGCACUGGUUUCAGUGAUGAUAAUCUACAAACUCAUACUGAGUUUCUGAAGAAACACAUUAUCUCGAGUCCUAAGAAGUAUUACAGAUAUGAUAGUUCCCUAGAACCAGACCACUGGUUCGAUGCAGUUCAAGUAUGGGAAAUCAAAUGCGCAGAUUUAUCUUUGUCUCCUGUCCAUCGAGCAUCAUUGGGGAUUGUGGAUCCAGAAAAAGGAAUUUCGUUACGUUUUCCAAGAUUCGUGAGGGUACGAGAUGAUAAGAGUGUGGAAGAAGCAACUACAUCACAACAAAUUGCUUACAUGUAUUCGAACCAAGAACAAGUGAAAAAUUCGAAUCAGAAUAAUAAAGUUGACCAGGAAGAUUUUUAUUGAAAUUUCAUCAUGUAGAUUUUACCCUUUAUUUUUGUGAGUCAAAUUAUAAUAAACGAGUAU